CCCCGGCCCUGUCCCGACCCCCAGCCUGACCCUCUCCGGCUCUAGCCCGCCGGGCACCGGGCGGCCUCCGGAGCAGCCUAAGCUCAUGAGGGCCGCGCGCCCGGCCGCCGGCGCUGACGAGACGGAGCUCCCGGGCCGCGAGGAGGAGCGGAGGAUCAAUGCGGUUCAAGAAUCGAUUCCAGCGGUUCAUGAACCACCGGGCCCCAGCCAAUGGCCGCUACAAACCUACUUGUUAUGAACAUGCUGCUAACUGUUACACACACGCAUCCCUCAUCGUCCCAGCCAUGGUGGGCAGUGCCCUCCUGCACCGGCUGUCCGACGACUCCUGGGAGAAGGUAACAGCGUGGGUUUACGGAACGGGCCUCUGCGCCCUCUUCAUCGUUUCCACAGCAUUUCACAUCGUGUCGUGGAAAAAGAGCCACUUAAGGACGGUGGAACACUGCUUCCACAUGUGUGACAGGAUGGUGAUCUACUUCUUCAUCGCCGCCUCCUACGCGCCCUGGUUAAAUCUCCGUGAACUUGGACCCCUGGCAUCUCAUAUGCGUUGGUUUAUCUGGCUCAUGGCAGCUGGAGGAACCAUUUAUGUAUUUCUCUACCAUGAAAAGUAUAAGGUGAUUGAGCUCUUUUUCUACCUCACCAUGGGGUUCUCUCCAGCCUUGGUGGUGACAUCAAUGAACAACACGGAUGGACUUCACGAACUUGCCUGUGGGGGCCUCAUUUACUGCCUGGGCGUCGUGUUCUUCAAGAGCGAUGGCAUCAUCCCGUUUGCCCACGCCAUCUGGCACCUGUUUGUGGCCACGGCAGCUGCAGUGCAUUACUAUGCCAUUUGGAAAUAUCUUUACCGAAGUCCUACUGACUUUAUGCGCCAUUUAUGACCAGUGGGGUGUCCGCGCCAGUAUUAUUUCAGUCACGGCACUUGGGGGUGGGGUAAGAGCUGAGUGUUGCACAGGAGGAGGAAAAAAGACAACUGCACUGACUUUCUUGAUAUAGUUUGAAUAUAAUUACUGUGAAAGUAUAAAUGCUGUGUUCUGGAAUGUUCCAGAACAAAUAAAUAAGGUAGUAAAUUAAUUAUUCAUUCCAUUCCACUAUCAUGCAGGACUCUGGAUAGACUUGGCCAACUGAUGUUUACAAACCAGAAUUUUGUAUUUUAAUUUUACAGAUUUUACUACAUGAUUUUUCUAAAUUCCUAGGUCAGGUUGUCAAAGUCAGUGCAAUCGCAAAGCUUCCUUUUUAAGAGAAAAUGGUUUCUAUCACUUUCCCAUCAGCUGUGUGAAGAAUCAUGGGCAGAACUUACACCAUGUUUCAUCUUGGCAUAACAUGGUUAUUUUUUAAACAGUAACUUCCGUUUUUUGUAAAUUUUUUAAAAAAACGUUCCAUUGACGCGCAUGUCCGCGGUUCCUCCACGUGAGUUUCUGAGCAAGCUGUCAACAUUCCAUGAGCGAACAAACAUGAUACCUCUUCGGCGGUUUUAUUAAGCAUGGAGACAUUGCCGAUCUGUAAAACCGCAGUUUUCCAGACUUUUUCUGCCAACCUCUGACUCUGAAUUCCGUGCUGCUUCGGGCCAUGCACUUGACCUAGUUUGGUUUACUUGUGAUGGGUGAAGUAUUUUGAUAUCAUUAACUUUUUCAGAAGAUUCAACUGUUUCUCUGCGCCUUUGUGAUGUUUUCUUUGGGGUCUUUGUCAGCGGUGGAUGGGUGCUCAGUCUGUAUUCUCGUAUCGUCCGGUGGCCCUCCGCUGAGACUGAGGAGCAUGAGGAGUUAGAGUGAACGGUGGUGUUGCCUCUUUGGUGCCUGACGGUGAAGUCAUUGUCACUUAGCUCUCUAUCAGUUUGAUACUCAUUUUUAAACUGUGGAAUUAGAUGCAUCAAUUCACAUUUCUACCUUUCUUCUGUAUCUCCUGAUAUCCUUUUUUUCUUUUACCUGGAAAAAUAUUUAAAGCAUUCUUUGACAGAUAGAAACUCAUGUAUCUAUAAUCCAUGGGUUAUAUCCUGGCUUAGUGGAGUGGUAUUUAAUAUAUUACUUUUGGUUUUCCCUCAGUGUCUUAUAUUAAGAUUAACAUAUUAGCUGCUGUGUUGAUUAAUCCCUUGCUGGUGUUUUAAUAGAUGAGACCACCUUGCCUUUAGAUCAGGUGCUGAUGGUAACUUUUCUAAUAACUGGCUUGAUCAAUGGAAAUGUUGGUUUGAAGAUACAUUUAGGCUUGUUUACUGAAUUUUUGUACUGAGACGGCUUUACAAAAGGGUUUAUUUUGUGUGUACAUGUUUAGAAUUCUCUGAUUUUGGUGAAUUAUAGAGGGAUGAAGAACAGAAGAACUGAUAUUCACUAGUGAACUCUUAAAUAGGCAAGGUUCUCCAUCAUAGCACCGGCCAGACCACCCCGACCCGCAUGAUUCUCAGCAUCCACAUUCCUGUUGUUUUAGUGUGUGUAUUUUAUUUUUAAUAUAGUAACUUUUGUGGAUUCAUUAAAAGUCUGCUCAAAAGUAACACUGUCAAAACCACUAAAAUGUAUGUAAAAAUUUGUGCUGUAGACUAGAAUAAAAUUGUUACUUGGAUUUGUUCCAUCAUCUCUAA